GAGCUCACAGGAAGUGUCCGCAAUGGCUGAGACCCACAGUUUACAGGACCUCCAGCAGCCAGGUGUCUCCUCCAAGGUGUUCGUGCAGAGGGACUACAGCUCAGGAACCAUCUGCAAAUUCCAGACCAAGUUCCCCUCUGACCUGGAGUCAAGACUUGAUAAGCAGCAGUUUGAGGAGACCAUCCAGACUUUAAACAACCUGUAUGCAGAGGCAGAGAAGCUCGGGGGGAAGUCCUACUUGGAGGGCUGUCUGGCUUGUCUGACUGCGUACACCAUCUUCCUCUGUAUGGAGACCCACUACGAAAAGGUGUUAAAGAAGAUCACCAGGUACAUUAAGGACCAGAAUGAGAAGAUCUAUGCACCCAGGGGCUUGCUGCUCACUGACCCCAUAGAGAGAGGCCUCAGAGUUGUUGAAAUCACCAUCUUUGAAGACAGAAGUGUUGGCUCUGGAAGAUAAAGAAUCUUGCAGUAUGUAGUCAGUCAAAGAAGCAUCUUUAAUGGAGUCAGCUUCACUGGGAAAAUCUUGGGAGCUCCACUGUGACACUCUUGAUCUGUGAGAAAUCUGAAUUUCUGGACAGUAUUUUACUUUAUCCAUAGUCAAACCAAUUACUAACCACUUCUAAUUCCACCAUGUGAUAAUAACUGCAAUUUACUUACGAGGAUGCCUUAACAAACCAACCUUCAUAGGCUUUUGUUUAUUUUCAAGAAGUUUCCCCCUUUUUUUCUUUACUCUUUGUAUAAACUAAUGUCUAACCAGAUACUCUUCAUCUAUCUGGAAGCACAUAUUAAGAUAUCUGCUUCACCUGAAUGGAUGUAUAUAAUUUGUAUCUGAUUCUUAUUUUUGUUAUUUAUACGUACUCUACUGUCUGCCUAUCCUUAUUUGUUAAUGUCUUUUUUAUAUAUAAAUAAAAUAGUUUACAGUCCAGACUGUGUUUGAGCAGUGACACUCCCCUCCCCCCCCCUCUUCAGGCCCUUUGCUUCUACACAUUUAGUUUAAAAUAUAAAUUUAAAUUGUCCAUCGAAUAGCAUGCUCUUAAUGGUAUAUAAAUAACUGUGUGGGAGAUAAAGCUCAUUUAACACAGAGGCAAAGUUUCAAAAUGAAUUUAACUUAACACUUGGCUCCUAAAUGUUUCUUGGGCAGCUGUGUGUAGUUUGAAUGUUUAUUCAUGCUGAAAAAAGUUGAAACUGCCACAAACAAGGUAUUUUCCAUAAAAUGUUCCAUUUAGUUUUGUUUGACCUCAUGUGUACCUGUUCAAAACCCCUCAACCUUUUGCACUGUGUACUUAAAGGGCCAUAUCUUCCACACAUUUCUCUCUAUGAACAUAACCCAUCUCAAUGUAAAGCUGAGACGUGACACUUUAAUAUUUGUAUUUAUUAUUAUCAUUUUAAAUUUAAUCUACUGAGGCACAGAGCCUGAAGAACAAAAAUAAGUCAUUUGUCAAAAUACUUACAUUUAUAAUUGUUGAUAUCCUAGUUGAUCGAGAUUAGUCUCCAUUAAUCGGCCAUUAUGAUAAAUGCCAUUUUUUACCAUGGUAAUCACAAGGGAUUUGACUUAUGUAUUGUUUUGCAAGCAAAAUAUUGUGUUGUCAUAGAAUUGUGUAGAGGCGGAGUUGUUGAAACUGUCUUUAAACCUAAGUACCGUUAUGUGUUGUAUUCCACAGUGUUAACAUGCUGGUUGUUGUCUUUGUUUGAGCAAAUUUCUUAUUCGUGCAUGAAUGGGACUUUUUGGUGGGAAACUCUUGUCUUGUUAAACACACACAUUGGAUUUGAGUUUUUUAUGACAUCAAAGAUGGAGUCUGUUUGCUGUUGGUAGGUCAAUCAUAAAACUAAAAUGUGACCUCAUACAUUUUGCGAAAUCUCUGCCAUGUCACAUACCCCAACUGGACUAGAUCUCCCAAAUCAUACCCAACAGUCCUGUGCCAUGUUUCUGCUUAAAGUCGUUCUCUACACGGUCAAUGUCAUCCCAUUUUACACCACAGGAACCUUAAACACUUUGAAUUCCACAGAUUAUUGCUGUAAUUGGUGUUUGAUACAACCAGUUUACAUUUUUUACAAAUUAUCUUCUGUUUUGUCUAAAUAAACAAUCUUUUCCUGAA